AUGAUACCCGUCAGGUAUAGCUUUUUGAAACAAAUAUUCGCGUAUUUAAAUUUUCGACAGAAAAUAUAGAUAUGUAAAUCGUAAAUGGCGCAAGCACAUGAGUUGAGUACCUCUUUAUUACGAGCGACAAUGAAUGCGGUUCGUGUCAAGUGUGUCAAAUCGCCGCACACACAGGUGCGAAUCGUUAUAACAUGGGAGGCUGUUAUUUCUCCGGCCUAUGCAAGCAAAGAUUAGACACUGGAUAGAAACAAUAAGCGCAUAAGUUAUAGUAGUUUCCUCCACAACUGUCAGUGCACAUCCAAACGCGUGCUGCGACAGACAUUGUUUUGCGACAUACGCAUGCUUCAUUGUUCUAAUCUUCCGCAUACUUAUAUAUUCUCCGUUUACGUAUUAUACUAUCGCUUUGCAAGAGACGCGUGAAUUAAAAAAUUUCUAGAAAUAUUUGCCGACUUGAUCUUAAUUAGAAGAAUGCGAAGAAACUCUGAUGAAAUCGUGCGAUUUAUUGUUAAGAAAAUUAUAACAUAACAGGAUAGAAAUGAGCGAAGAUAACAGAAGUGUCACUGAAAUGCUUUAUUCAAGAUGGAAUCUUGCAAAAUCUGGGCAACCUACUACAAUUAAUGUUCAAUCGCCCAAGAGUAACUUGCGUAGGUUCGAUCCUAUAAAGACCGACGUGGUUGCACCCGAAAUGCUGGCGACUGUUGUACCACCGUCGCAGACUUUCAAUCCAUCUACUGAUAGUUUAUAUGCAUCGAUAAGGCCAAUAAUCAUGCUGGCCCAAUGUUUCUCCAUGCUUCCGAUGUACGGUAUCAAUAAAUCGGAUGCUUCGUAUCUCCGAUUUACAUGGCGAAGUCCGAAGAUUCUCUACACGUUCAUUGUUUUAUUGGCAGGGCUCUUCAUGACGAUUUUUAAUACUUUACGAUUGUUCUCCACAGGGCUAAAUUCUACCAAAAUGACGACGUUUGUUUUCUACUUUACAUCGUGCGUGACUGGUGUCUUAUUCGUACGAUUGGCAUGGCAAUGGCCUUGCUUGGCAUUAACUUGGGAGAAACUCGAGCGCGAACUUGCUCCCAGAUAUCGAGUAAUUUCGAAGACCACUCUCGCAACUCGUUUCAAAAUCGUAACUGUUGUUGUCAUGUUGCUUGCAUUAGUGGAACACACCGCUGCUGUGCUUUCUGCAUACAUCAAUGCAAUAGAAUGUGCCGAUUUUCGUGGCGAUGCAGAUGUCAUCGGUACUUAUUUUCAAUCGCAAUUUCCUCAGGUCUUCACAAGAAUAUCCUACAGUCUCUGGAAGGGAAUCGUGGUUGAAACUAUAAAUAUUCUUAGUACAUUUUCAUGGAACUUUGUCGAUCUAUUUCUUAGUCUUCUUAGCAUGGCUCUGGCAGAUCAAUUCAGGCAACUAAAUAGUCGACUGUAUUCGGUACGGGGAAAGGCGAUGCCGGACUGGUGGUGGGCUGAAGCAAGGAGUGACUAUAAUCACUUGGCGACUCUGACACGCAGAGUGGAUUCUCACAUUUCGACCAUCGUGCUUCUCUCCUUUGCUAUCGACUUAUAUUUCAUCUGCAUCCAAUUGCUGUUUUCCUUUAAUCCAAUACGGGGUCUUGUGCGGAAGAUCUAUUUUUGCUUCUCCUUCGGCUUUUUACUAGCAAGAACAACGGCGGUAUCCUUAUACGCGGCUUCUAUUCACGAUGAAUCUCUUUUGCCAGCACCGAUUUUGUACAGCGUUUCUGGUUCUAGUUACAGCAGCGAGGUCUCGAGAUUCUUGACACAAGUAACGACAGAUAAUAUAAGCUUGACAGGAAUGAAGUUUUUCUCAGUAACGAGAAGUCUCGUAUUAACCAUUGCUGGAACUAUCGUGACUUACGAACUGGUUCUGGUGCAGUUCAAUUCCGUCCAGCAAGUGGAUAUUAAUUCGAAUGUUUCGAUUUGCGAGUUUUUCCUAAUAUAAUCUAAGAUACAGGAGAAAAACGAAUGGGAUAUUUCAUCAAUGUUCAAUCAUGUUAUCACAAAAGAUACGCAACAUCGUUACAUAUUAUUUAUAUCUAAAUGCGCAAAUAAUAUUAAUAUCAUCAUUUACAAGAAUAGAUAGAAAGCACAUGUAUAUGUAUUUUGCAAUAUGUGUUAAUAUGUUCCAUAAAUCCAAUAUAGCAAAUUGCCUAUAUUAUUUUCAUCUGUUUAAUGUUACGUUGUAAUAAUUUUUUGAACAUUGCAUAUGAACAAUAAAAAUUGGUAUUUAAUUUUUUAGAUAUAUCUGUACUCUUAUAGAAAUUUAU